AUGGAUGCGACUGGUCAGUUAUGCAAUUGUUUCUGGAGUGACGCCAAAUGUAGGAUGGAUUAUGGUUUCUUUGGUGAUGUGUUGGUGUUUGACACAACAUUUGAAACCAAUGAGUAUGAUAAACCGUUUGCACCUUUUGUUGGGGUAAAUAAUCAUGGACAGACAACUCUUUUUAGAUGUGCAUUAUUACUAGACGAGAGCACAUACUCGUUUGUAUGGCUGUUUAAGACAUUUUUGAAUGCCAUGAACGGGAAACAUACACAGACAAUUUUCACCGAUCAAGCAGCACCUAUUAUGAAUGCAAUCAAACAGGUAUUCCCGAAUACUCAUCACCGACUUUGUCUUUGGCAUAUUUUCCAACUGGCUGCGAAGCACCUUUCCCAUAUAUUUGCAAGAUCCGAAUUUUUUGCCAUGGAUUUCAAAAGGUGUAUAUACGAAAAUGGGACCGAGGAAGAAUUUGAUUUAAUGUGGAAAUCCUUGCUUAAGAAGUACAAACUGACAAAUAAUAAAUGGUUGAAAAUUUUAUAUAAGAAAAAAGAGAAGUGGGCUCAAGUAUAUGGUCGAUUACACUUUUGUGCUGGUAUGACAACUACACAGCGGAGCGAAGGUAUGAACAGUUUCUUGAAGAAGUAUUUUAAAAGAACUUUAUCACUCAAGAGUUUCGUGAUUCAAUAUGAUAAGGUUCUUACUUGUCGAAGAGAUAUAGAAAAAGCUCAAAAUUUCAGAAGCACGCAAAAAAAACCACCUUUGCAAAGUCACUGGCCACUUGAAGCUCGAGCUUCAGAACUUUAUACAACAACAAUGUUUGCUCACUUCCAAAAGGAAUAUACACAAACUCUAGAUUUGAUUCCAGAACUUGUUGAUCAGGAUGGACCAGUAUAUACCUACAAGGUAACAUCAUUUAAAUUUUCAUGUGCUCGUAUUAUUACGUUCAACUCUUUAGACAAUUUUAUUCAAUGUAGUUGUAAGCAUUUCCAGUUUAUGGGAAUGAUAUGUUCCCAUUCUAUAAAGAUAUUGCAUACCCACCAAGUGUAUGAUCUCCUAUCGCAAUAUUAUCUAAGUCGUUGGACAGUAGAUGCGAAAAAUGGUGUUGGUAUUGAAGAGCCUAAGAAAAAUGGUGCUGGUAUUCAAGGAAACAGUGGGUCAUCAUCCCUCGAGUACAGCGACUUAGCACGUAUGGCUUUAUCUUUAGCCGUGAAAGGUACAAGCACUGGAACUUCUAGUGCCUUUACGAAGAAGUUGCUGACUGGAGUACUAGGUGAGUUAGAUAAUUUUCUGAAGUCUACUCAAGAUGAUCAAGCAGAAAAGAUUAUCAAUGUUGCGGAUGAGAACAAUGAAAAUAUGGGUCAAACAAGCAUCCAACUUCCGAUGAGUCAAACAAGCAUUCAACUUCCGAUGAGUGCUAACAUAACACUGCGAGCCCCUCCUCGAAGUAAAAAAUCAAGCAAGAAGACUGGGAGAAUCAAGUCAUCAGUAUAG